UCCAGGUAACCGAUAUACAACACUGACGCUGUGCCUGAGGUGUAACAGCUUAGUGUGCACUGUGCUGCGGCUGCUGUCCGUUUUUGCCAGAAUGGAUGUAUUAUUACAUUGGAUUGAAAUAAGGGUCUUGUCCUCGUUAAGACCACGAGCCGAUGAUAUGAAAGCUCUGCUUUUGGAUCACGUAUACAGGAACAACGUCUGUGAAUUUCUGAAGAAUGAAGAUAUCCACACAUUAUAUAUUUAUUUUAAGUUUGAAAAGGCGUCACUUGCAGCCUCCCUUAAACCCCCUAGAGCUUUGCAGAGUAAAUGCAUAUGCUUUGUGAAGCUGUCAUCUGCAAUAAAGCUAACAACAGAAAACAUAGGAAAUCAAGUAAUGUCAGUGGACUGCGCCAAAUUUCCAUUGAAAUACUUUGACACAGUACUCCAUCAAGUCUUCCUGCCACUCCUCAGCAGUGACAGUAUAACAGUUCGAUCACAAAGCACUGAUAAGAUUAUUGAAAUUCUGCAUCGGUUCACAGGAAACCUGGAAGUUAUAGCAGGCCAUGCAGAGGGCUCCAUUGUACUUCCUAUUCCCUCUGUUGAGCUACUGAAAAACUCAACUUUAUUCAGCAAACAAGGGACUGCAAUACAUAUUAUAGAAACAACAGUAAUUGGUUGGAUACGGCAAAUCAAGGUGGUACUUAAACAUGACCCUCUUGCAGAGAUAAAGUCCAAGGGAGUCUUUGCAGGGAUUUACCAUGAAAAAGAAAUGUGGGAAGCUCAUAUUUUAAACCUGGAAUCUAUCAGAAUGCAGUUAAAGUCUGCUCAAGCACGGGAACUUGUCUACCAUCUGGAGCAGGCAAAAAGUAUGUAUGGAAAAUCCAUUGUUUCCGUGACUCAGGAGAUAACGAAGGCACAUCACGAAGCAACAGAAAACUUGACAUUUUUGAAAACACUGACUGGUUGCUAUGAUAAGCUGAAGGUUGCUGAGACUACCCUAGAGAAGAAAAAAUGCUUCUUUGUAAUGUUACAUUAUUUAUUCUUGGUCUGGAUACAUUCAAGAUAUUAUCAUCAACCCAAAGUAUUUGUAAAUCUUCUCAGGCUAAUGUCUAAUGAAGUGAGAGGGAUAGCAAGGUGCCUCUUGGGAACUAAUAUAUUAGACAGUCCACAGGCCUUCAGUUUGCUUAAAGAAGCUUUAAAAAUAUGUGCAACUUUCCGUGGAAAUUAUCUUGAUGUAAAAAUUAAGGCUGAUGAAUUCAAUGUGAAGAAGAUGGAGGAAAUUGCUUCUCUGAACAAAAACAAAAAGUCAUUGGAAACGUCUCGGAGCAUUACCAUGUAUGAAGUACCAACUCCAUGGGUGUAUGGGGGAGACCGAUUCGCUGAUGAUAAGAAGCUGGAAAACGAGAAUUCUAUUUGGAUAGAUUCUUCCUGGCCUCUGCACAAUGCUCCUUGUUUUCAGAAUAUGAACAUGUUUAUGGAACGGUGCAAAGAUAUCCUUGAUGUGGUGGAAACAAUGAAACAUUUUGAGGCUUUAAAAGAUGUGGCUGUAAUAGGUGGCGCAGGAACCACAAGUGAUGAUGCCAUGGUGCAAGAAAUCUGGAACUCUUAUUGCCAAGCCAAGGAAUCUUUUAUGAUUCAAGUCACAGACGUUUUAACUGCUGGUAAAAACAGUACUUUUCAGAAAGCAUUUUUUGACUUGAGAACUACAAUAAAGAGCCUGGAACAUCAACUGGGGAAUAUACUUAGACAUAGUCUUGACCAAUGUCCUUCUAUAGCUUCCCAUCUCAAGCUGCUAGAGGUGUUUGAAGGAGUCUCUAGAAGAGAUGUUGUUAAGGAUCAUUUAAUGGAUAAAGAUCACCACUUACUGAAUAUGUUUCUAGAAGAACUCGGUCAGCUGAAGGACAUGUACCAGGCAACGUCAGCCAAUCCUCCCUUGCAUGUGAACAUGACACCCACCGUCAGUAAACUCUUCUGGAUAAAGGGACUUCGAGCAAGAAUCUCUGAUCCUAUGGGGAAAUUGAGGACAGUGUCUCCUUUAACUCUUGAAGGUGACAAGGGGUGGGAACUGAGACAUCUAUAUACUGAACUGUCAGAAGAACUGGAAAGGUUUGAGAACAGCCUCGUAACAUCUUGGCUCUCAACUGUGAGCAAAGAACUGAAUGAUUCAUUAAAGCUUCCAUUACUUAAACCUUCUGCUUCAAGCCAUGAUCAUGAUGAGUAUCUGUGCACAAUAGAAAUCAAUCUUUCCUCUGAUCUGCUUGUAUAUCUACGUGAAGCAGAAUACUUUUUGAAACCUCCAUUUACAAUAAAGCUCCCGGAAUCAACUGGAUGUCUCAUCAGCCAUAUGAAUAAUUACAGGUUUAAAGUUCUAUGUACCUGUUUGGAAAUGGUAGCAUCCAAAUACAAUGAGGUGGUAAAAACAAUCUCUUAUCACCAGAGGGCGCUGUUUGAGAAGAAAUUAUUGAAGAUUUCUGAGAUUUUGAGAGAUGGAAUGAACGUGUUCACUUGGAGCAUGGAUGAGAGCAUGGAUUACACUGAACUUGCUACUUCCUACAUCUGCACAGACCUCUAUAACAACUUCAGUAUUGUCACAAAUAAUUACAAAGCCAUUAGUGAGAUCACUGCCGCAUGGUGCACAGCAAAUCUUGAUAUUUUUACGUGCCGGGAAUCCCAAAGAAGCUAUUCUAUGACAGAAUUAAUAUCAGAACAAAAGAAAAUAGAACAUGAGCUGGAGGCAUUACUCAUUCCUGACAGACAAAAGAUUGACCACCUUGUUCAGCAGUCUUUUCUAGCUUGCGGUAUUAGUGAAGCAUCACCUGCGUGGCAGGAAUUUGUUAUGCACAUUGAUGCUAUAGUUCUACAAGGUCUGAAGAAAGUUACUAUAUCCAGCCUUGCUGCCCUACUAAAUACACUACUGGACUAUCAUGCUGUGCCUGCUUUUAGCAUUGAUGUUGAAUUGAUUAAUGGUGAAGUGGCCUUUAACCCACCACUUGAUAAAAGCACUUCUGAUAUGAGUGUUAUGGAGAAUAUAGAGGAAUGGCUUAAAAUAUUCCUUCUUAGAGGGUCGCAUAUUAAGGGGUUUUCUUCUACAGUUAAGGGAGGAUAUCAAGAGUAUGUGUCAGAAGAUGAAGAAACGUUGGAGUUAGUUGGCUUCAUCCUGCAAGAGGUGGAAAAUGGUGUUAAUGAAUGUCAGGCAUUCCUAGAGGGCCUUAACAGAUAUUCCUUUUUAUGGAAGAAAGAUGUUCAUGCAGAAUUUCAAGAUUUCCUGUAUGGAAAGCAAAGGGUAAACACAUUACCAAGACAAGAACAUACUGAGAAUGAGUUGCCCUUAAGAAACAUCAACAGUUCUACUGAUAUGAAGUCUUACAACACCUCAUUGAUAGCAGCAGAACGAGCAUUUAUUUUACCUUCUGCUACAGCAGUGACUGGUGGACCAUUGUUGGAAGAUUUUGAGGCUGAAAUCUCUGCAUAUACGGAUGCCAGAGACAGCAUUCAGAGACUCCCCGAUCUCCAGCAAUGCAAAUGGAUUCAUGUAGACUUUCGUCCAAUCAAGCAGGUUCUCAGUGCUUAUGCCCUCCAGUGGAUGUGGACCUUCACCAAGUACCUCAUAGACCAGACAACCGCUACAUUAAAAAGCCUAGAUUCUUUCCUGAGAAGGACUGAGCCUCAGAUAGAAAGUAUAACAGGGGAAGAGCGGGAUACAGGAUCUUUCAUGAAGAUGAUGUGUCUUUUUAAUGAGGUUUCCUCCAAGCAAGUGGAAAUGGAGGUACAGUUCUCUGUAUUGCAAAAGACAGUGACGCUCUUAGAAAAACAUCAGAUAUCUCUUCCAGCAGAAAGUGAUGUUUUGUAUAGGACAAUGCCUGCCCGCUGGAACAAUAUGAAAACCAAGGUGUCACUUGCCAAGCAGCGCCUGGGUCCUAGGAUACAACAAGAAGCUAACAUAGUCACCAGGGAUUUAGAAAUGUUUCAACGUAAACUUGAUGUUCUGGGUGCUGACAUUGAGACUUCUGAGGUAUUCAAGUAUGACUGCAGAUCACAGGAAGCUUUAAAAAUCAUUCAUAACUUCAACACAUGGGUUCAAACCUUGCAAAAUGAAGCAAAAGACCUUAAAGAACUACAAGAGCUUCUUGAGACUACAGUCGUUGACUUUUCCAUUUUAAACAACUGUGAGGACCUGCUGCAGAAACUCAGCCUUGUGUGGCAACAUGUAGAUUCCAUCCUUCAAGAGCAAGACAUAUGGAAGAAAGAGCUGUGGCAGAAUAUGAACACAGAUGAACUGAACAAAAAAACUAAGAAACAUCUACUCCUGUUGCAGUCUUUUCCUGGAGAAGUCCAAGAAUGGGAUGUUUAUAAGAAAGCCAUGGAAAUUGUCAGUAUCAUGCAUGUGACAUUACCGUUAAUAGAAGACCUUAGUAAUCCUGCAAUGAGGACAAGACACUGGAAUCAGCUUGUUCGGCAAACAGGGGGAAUGCUUCGCGUAACUGCAGAUAGCUUGAAGGCGAUGACCUUGGGUGAUUUACUUGCAAUGGGCCUACAGAAACACACACAAGAUGUAAGGACAAUUGUACAGCGAGCAUUGCGAGAUGUGACAAUUGAAAGCUCCUUGAAGAACACUGAAGAAGUCUGGCUAAGCCGAAUAUUUGACCUUGGUCCUCAUAGCAGAGUCAUAUCACCCAGAGCUGAAAAUGAGGAGCUUGCCAGUUCCGUAUCUGGUAGUCACUACACCAAGGGAGAUGUAAGCAGAAAUGUAACAACUGGAAAAGGCAGCCGAAGGCUCAGUAGGCUAUCAGAUCGUGGCUUUCACUUUUCCAAAAAGGCUGGCAGGGGAAGCACAAUGUCCUUGUAUGAGUCUCUGAAGCAUAUAGAGGAAUUUGGUAAAGUUCUACUUGUGAGAAAUGCAGACUCUAUAUUUGAGGAGCUGGAACAUCAUCAGUUGGUCUUGACAAGCAUACAGCCCUAUGCAGAAGCUGGAUCCUUCCUUGAUGAUGUAACAAAAUGGCAGAAGAAGUUACAAGUCAUUGAGACAACAGUUCAUCUAUGGCUGUCUGUGCAGGAGAAGUGGGCUCAGAUGGAAGAGGUUUUCUCUACAUUAGCUUUCCGUGUAGCCAUGCCCCGAGAAGCCAAUCUGUUUGCUGAUGUGAAUAACCAUUUUUGUCGGCUAAUGAAAUCAGUUGAGGAGAAUCCAAACAUAUUGCAGAACUGCACACGAAGAGGUUUGCAGUCUCUGCUAGAGAUGCUGAACUAUAAACUUGAACGCUGUCAACGGGCUGUCCGACUUCAUUUGGAACAGAAGCGACAGGUUUUUCCAAGGUUCUUUUUCUUAUCCUUGGAAGAUACACUCAACAUUGUGUGUUAUGGAUAUGACCUGAAUGUUAUAAGUGGCCAUAUCAUGAAGAUAUUCAAGCAUGUGCAAAGUCUUAUUUAUCAAGAAAACUCUCAGGAAGAUUGCCAUCAGAUUUUAGGUGUAAGAAGCUUUUUAGGAGAGGAGCUACAUUUUACCAAGCCUCUUGAAUGUAGCGGCCCUGUGGAGAAUUGGCUUCCACAGCUUGUAAACAGCAUAAAAGAAUCUCUUCAACAUCACCUGUGGGCAGCAAUGGAGAACUCAAAUGUAGUUAUAACAAGGAGAAAAGAGAUACAUAGUGCUGGGGCACGGCGGGUGGUGAUAAACAAAACUGUGCCCAAAGAUGAAGCUGCAGCAGAAAAGAGAAAGAUGAGUAUAUCCUCGAAGGAAGAAAGUCUUUCCGUAAAAUCUGGAGACGAUGACGGCCAAGAAUCCAAGCACUGGGUCCUCAAUAAACUGAGUGAUGUGGCAUAUCUUUAUACUCAGAUAAAGUUCUGCCAAGAAUAUAAUGGAGACAAGGAACAUUCUAAAGACACUGUACAGGCCUGCCUUAAGAUUCUGACAGAAGGAAUUGAGCAUGCUGCCAAAAUAUUAAAUGAAAUUCCCCAGAAAGACAUUCAGCUGCAUUCAGAAAGAACCUCCAAGGCAGAGAGGAAAGGAAAUGGGCAAGUUGGAGAAGUGAAUUUGAGCAAAGAGCAAGAUGAUGACCUUGUAGCUUUCAAGACUUCAUUGUCUACAAGGGAUGUGUUGAACUUAACUAAUCAUAUCCUUCUGUUACUAUAUCAGCGUGAUGUUAUGAAGGAAACAGAGCCAGGAGCAACAUCUGUAUGGAAACAAAGCCCGCCAUUGUGUUAUGAAUGUGAUGAUAACACUAAGGAUAUCAUUGUGAAGAUUGGUGAUUCUAAACUUAACUAUGGUUAUGAGUACCAAGGGUCAGUGGAGCAUAUUUUCAUCACACCACUUACUGAACGUAUCUUUCUAAGUGUUAUGGGUGCAGUGUCCGCUGGAAUUGAUGUCAUGUGUGUAGGACCACAGGCCUCUGGGAAGAAGUCUACCAUCCAAGAGUUAUGUUUUUCAUUGGGAAAACCGCUGUACAGCUUUCAUUGCACAAAGACUUCAGAUCACAACAUUUUGAAAGACAUUUGCAAAGGACUUGCCUCCUCAGGAGCCUGGGUUUGCAUUAAUGGAAUUGAACAGCUACCUCAACCAAGCAUGAUGUUUCUUGCACAGUUUCUUACAGAGAUUCAGUCAGCAAGACAUCUUGGUAAAGAAUCAGUCACUUUACAGUUGGAAGACGUCCCCUUAAGCCCAUCAGGUGCAUGCAUUGCAGUCAUUAAAAGGGUCACUUUGCCUACAUACAACUGCUCUGACUCUGACUAUAAGCUCCCUGAUAACCUCCUGAACUGCUUUCGAAUGGUUGGAGUUGGUCAAUUUCCUGUUAGAUUUAUUCUUGAAGCUAAGCUCCUACUUAAAGGGUUUUCAAAUGUCACUGAUUUGGCUCGAAAACUCUGUGCCAUAAUAGAUUCAUUUGGAAAGUUAUAUAAUGCAGAUUUGAUGGGAUUUGUGUCAUCUGUAAAUGAAAAAAGUGUUGCCUUAUCAGUGGCAGAGCUCAACUGUCUCCUUAAUGAGGCCAGCCAGACGCUCAGAUAUCUGUGUAAAGGCCACAUGGAGCACCAAGGAAAAAAGAUGGAAAGUAUGCAAGAAAACUGGAAGCAGACCCUUGAGGAUAGAGCAAUGGUCAUUGCAAUACAGAAUUGCUGGAUAACACAAUUAUCAAGUAAUGGAGCUAGUGCCUUAAGGUCAUUUAUUAGUGCAGAGUGGCCAAACACUCUGAACAUCCUGAAUCGUUCAUGUAAUGCUGUUAUGUUUAAUAAUGAAGCAGAUGGUCUGAUCCCUGCAGUCAUUGCUAGGAAAUAUGGUCCUGGACAGCAGGUUCCCUCAUCUGAAUGUACGGAAGAAACCAGCGUCCCGAGUGCCAUAAUAAAAGCUGCAGAAAAAUGUCAUAUUUUUCCCAGUAACACAUUUGUAUCCAAGGUUUCCCAUCUGGUUCAGUUGGCACCAAAAUACCAAACAAUGGCAGUGACAGGGCCCGCUGGCUGUGGGAAGACUACAUGUAUCAAGAUGUUCAUAGAAAUGCUCUCCAUGGAAGGAACAAUUGUUAAGACUGAUACUGUUUACACCAAAGCUCUUCAGUCUGGCCACUUAUUGGGGUCCAGAAAUAAAAGCACUGGGUGGGAUGAUGGGCUAUUACCGCAGUUGCUAAGAAAAUACUGUAAGCCUUGUACAGUAAAUAGUAGUAAGCAAAUGAACAUUCUGCACUUGGAUGGAGAGGUUAAUGGCCCUGAAAUAGAAAUUAUGCAAAGUUUAUUCUGUGGAGAAGAAUUUUUUAUCUCAGCAAAUAAUGAGCGGAUACGGAUCUCCAACUCACUUCUCGCUUUCUGGGAGCUUGAAACAUUAGCUAAUGUAAGUCCUUCAAUUUUGUGCUGUGUGGGUGUCCUGGCGAUGACAAGUGAUGACAUGGAUUGGAAAUUACCUUUCAAAAUGUGGAUGAAAACCCAUGCAGAAGACAGUCAGUUGCUCUUUCUCCAACUUACUGAGACAUAUUUAGAGCCCAGCUUGCAGUUUCUCCGAGAUCACAAAAUGUUUUACCAACCAGAAAAUGGAAGCAGUAGGACGCAGAGAGAUAUUUUCCUUUGCGAAGCCAAUGUUCUGCAGACAUUCUGUAGGAUCUCUGAGGCUUUGGCGCAGCAAGUUCCGGAUAUGCUGGCUGAAGAUAUUAAAAAGUAUUUUAUAUUCUCCUGCAUUUGGUCUUUUGGAGGAUGGUUGGACUCUAAUGAAAGAACUUCAUUCAGCCACUGGUGGAGACGAACUUUCAGGAGCCAUACAACAUUUCCUGCAGAAGGAGAAGUCUGGGACUAUCAUAUUGACACUGAUACGAGACAUUUUGUCAGAUGGCAUGACACACUUUCCUCUUACUCUGUUAGUCAAGGGCAAAGUGUCGCCUCCGAGGCGUUUGUUCACACAGUGCACAGUGAGCAACUUUUAUACCUUUCGAGCUUGUUGGUUACAUCUGGUUGCCCCAUUCUAUUUGCUGGAGAUUCAGGAUGUGGCAAGUCUACUCUCAGCCAGGAGCUACUUAACUGUCUAUGUUCGGGUGAUGUUGCAGAGAUGUCUGAGCUAAGAAUCCCUAUUAACAGCUCUACGGAUCCUCGGAGACUAUGGGGAUGUUUAAAAGACCGAUUAGAAUGGCGACAUGGCACAUUGCAUACACCAGCAGGAAACAAGAAAUUGUUAUGUUUGCUUGAUGACCUCAACCUUGCUAAGGUCAAUGAACACGGAUAUCAGCCAGCUUGUGAGUUUGUACGGCAGAUGCUUGACCAAAAAAGAAUAUUCGAUCCUACUGCAUUGAAAUGGAAAACCAUAGAAGGCAUAAUAUACCUGGCAACAUGGAACACAGCCAAAGCUGAUGGCUCGCCAGAGCAAAGACGUCUCCUUAGACAUUUCUGUUCCUUUCAGUGCAGUUACCCAAGCCAAAGCGAACAGCUUGGGAUAUUCAGCAGCAUACUGAAUGCUCACUUUGUGCCAGGAGUGACAGAACACAAGGCUGGCAGUAGAGGCGAUGUGUCUGCUGAGCACCUCCAGGAAUUAAUUUUAGCGAUCACUAAAGUUUCAAUAGAACUGCAGGAAAGACUCAGGACUGUGUUCUUGGGGACGUCUCAGCGCUGUCAUUACAUAUUUACUCUUAGAGACCUUGCAAAAAUAUUCAGGAAUAUCUGCCUGUCUCUGGAUGGAAAGGCUACAAAUGAAAAUCUUCUAAGGCUUUGGAGACAUGAAUGUGACUGGGUGUAUGGCCACAGGAUGUCUAGUGCAGUGGAUCAUAGUAGAUAUAUUCAGGAAUUGACCAUAGCAGUACAAAAAGUUUUUAUAAUUGAAGAAGAGGCACAGAUCAUCCUAAGUAAGGAGCAGCCCCUAUUUAGUAACAUUGUGGAGGAUGAAGGGGGGUUAAUCACAACGGUAGCCAGGCAGCAGGACACAAAUUUGUUGAAGAAAAGCGAGAAGGCCAGCAACGCUAGUCAUGUCCUAGAUGGAUACCGGCAAACGUUUGAUUAUAUCCAUGUGAAGCAGUUGCUAAUAGAGGCGCUAAGAGAACACAACAAAGUGAAUCCCAGAUUGAGCAUCACAUUUUAUCAGUGUACCAUUAAUCUGGUGUGCCGUAUAGCUCGUAAUCUAUGGAGUUCCCAUGGAAGUGCCCAUACACUGCUUUGUGGAGAGGGCUGUCCACGAUAUAGUUCUGCACUUGCCCGGCUUGCGGGACACCUAUCAGGAUUUAACGUAGUGCAUCUUGGCUCACAUACUAAAAUGGAGGAUGAGGAACAGAGAAGCAGAACACUCAAAGCUCAACUUGUAGAUUGUUAUAUAAAAGCUGGAUUAAAGGGCCAGAAGAUUCUCCUCCUCCUCACAGAAGAACAAAUAGAUCCUACAGCACUAGUUUAUAUAACAGAAUGUGUUGUAUUUGGAUCAGUUUCACAUCUUUUUACACUAGAAAAACAGGCAACAAUAACCAAUGCCAUGAGAAGUGAGAUAACUAAUGCUGGGCUAACAUACUCUAAAGAAAAUGCUUGGAAUCUGUUCCUGCAGUCUGUCCAGCUAAACAUUCGCUGGACCCUUAUUCGAAGUGACACAGGCUCCACAUUUUAUAAAUGGUGUACUGAAUUUUCUGCACUUUUCAAUGCAUUAAGUGUUUAUUAUGUCCCCAAGUGGUUACGGGAAGACCUAGUAGAACAUGCAUGUUGUCAUAUUCAAGAUUUGAACAUGUUGACAAAGCAGGAAAUUGAAAAUAUGUGUCAUCUCUUGUCAUCCAUGCACCUUUCUGUCACUGAGCAUGCCAAAGCAACCUGUCAAAAUUAUGGAAAUAUAACCAAUGCAAACUUUGAGAAAUUUGUUCAGUGUUUCAAAGCCCUUUUACAAGACCAGUAUGCCCUAAUUCAAAAGGAGCAUGAGGUGGCCAUGGAAACCCUUAGUCACAUUAAUACAAACCAAAAAACACAUGGAAAAUUGACUGAUGACCUUACCCAUGAAAGAAAUGUACUUGAGCAACACAAAGAAGCGACAUUGAAAAUUUUACACCAGAUUGCUCAGGACAAGGCUGUGGUGGAACAGAAGAUCCAUGUUGUCCAUCGACAGUUAGAGAAGAUUAAGAAGUUCAGAUCUCUGCUCCCAGAAUACCAAGUUGCACUAGAGAAAUCAGAAUACAAAUGCUCUGCCAUAAUAGAAAAUAUUAAGGAACUGGUGGUCAACAUGGAUAUCACAGCUUUAGGAGAACUGCGUGCAAUGCAGAAACCAGACGUGGACAUUGAAGAGCUGAUGGCAUCUACCAUUAUUAUUCUUAAGUCACCUAAUGCCGAUCUUACAUGGGCAAAGGGAGCUAAGAGGCAGAUGGCCAAUUUAGAUCGCUUUCUGAAUGAGUUGUCAACUUUCCAAAAUUCACAGCUAUCUCAGUCUACACUGGAGCUUCUUGAAACAAACACAAAGAAAACUCAGUUUACACCUGAGAACAUGGAGAAAAAGGCAGCCGGUAAUGCAGCAGCAGGAAGCCUUAUGAGAUGGCUCCAAGGUGCAGUGCAGUAUUACAGGAUUCUGACUUCUAAGGUAAAACCUUUACAAAAAAAGGUGUCAGAAAUGACAAUUGCUUUAGAAGAAGCAGAACAGAAAAUGACAACUUUACAACAGAGAAAGAAAGCUCUUCUCUUAAGACUGGCUGACCUGGAGAAAAGCUUUGAGGAAGCAACCAUGCAUAAAAACAAGCAACAACUGCGUACUCUUGAAAUAGCCCAAAGAUUGGAUCAAGCAGCAAAAAUAGCUCAGCUUCUUGACAAGGAGAACAAGAAAUAUGCUGCUAUUGUAAGCUCCCUUCCAGACAGGCUCAAUGGGAUCCCUGGAAGUACAGCCAUGGCAGCAGGAUUAGUGUCGUACCUUGGUACUUAUGAGCUCCACUUUCGACAGCUCAUGCUAACAGUGGAAUGGCCCAUGGCGGUAAAAGAGAGAGGUUUCCCGUUAAUGAUAGACUCGAUUGACCCAGACAAAGGACGUGUGAUUGAGUUCUCUGUUAUAUUCACCUGUGGCUCCCCAGUGAAUAAUCCGAAUAGCAGUCCCAGUGGUGAACAACAGGAAGAUGAAGGAAAACGUAGUAUUGAUAUAGAGAACAGUAACAAUCCUCCAGACCAAGAUGAAAUCUCUUCAAAUGAAUUAUCCUUGCACAGUCAAUGUUCACCCAUCAUUACAGAUGAGCUAUAUAUGGACUUUAUAAAGGCUCUUCUAUUAAGAAUUGUGCAAGUCCAUGAUAUUCAAAAAUGGUCUACAAAAGACUGGACGCCUCAGCAGAUGGAGAAUGCAGCUAUUCUUUACUUUUCUUGGCAGCGUCCGGUUAUAUUUAUAGAUUCAUGUUUCUGUGGAGAGAUGUGGCUUCAGGAAAUCCUUGGGACAUCCCCAGAAAAGCCAUUCUCUUCCAUAAAUCUGCAAGCACGGCAAGGAAGCAAUGUCUUGGCACCAAUUGAGAAGAAAGUUUCGUCUGGUGCCCCUCUGAUUUUAAGCAACUAUUGCAGCAAAUGGGAUGAUUUAAUAAUGCCUCUCAUUGACCACUGUUACGCAGCUAAUGCCAAAAACACUCAGCAAGGAUCUUCCUCUAUAAUCUCAUUUAAUGGACAUAGACUUCUCUGUGCUGAUGACUUCAAGCUUUACUUAGCUGCCUGCGAACAGGAGCCCCACCUUAACACUGACAUCAAUUCAGGAGCCACCAUUCUAAAUUACAAUGUCUCUGAUAGAAGCCUGCUUGAGUUGCUAAUCAGAAGAGCAUUUGCAAGGCUCCAGCCUGACCUGUACAGUCAGUUUGUUGAAAUGGGAAAUAUUAUUCUGAAAUGCCAAGAAAGCUUAAAAGAACUGGAAAGGAAAAGUCAAGAGUGUUUAAUUUCUUCUGAGAUAAACAUUGUGUAUGGUGAUAUCAAUAUCAUUACACUUUUUGAGGAGAAGAAAAAGAUUUUAGAACAGCUUAAAAGGGCUAAGUCAUGUCACAAUGGCCUGCUGCAAAAGAGAGAUGAACUGUACCCCAUAGCACGGAGAGGAGCUUUGUAUUAUUCCAUCUUGAAGUCUUUGCAGUCUCUUGCUAAAGAAUAUUACUUCACCUUAGAUUUCUUCCUGAAACUCUUUGACUCGGCCAUUGAAACAAGCAAAGAUUUUUCACAGAUGAAAAGUGACGAUGUAGAUGCUCCAUUGGCAGUGCCACAUUUCAUAGCUCACAAAACUGAUGGUCAGGUCCUAGAAACAGUGGGUGAAGAUGUAAAGGACACUGGAGAUGGUGUAACAAUGUUCACUGGUCAGCCUCCCACCACACACGAGGACCCACAUAACUGCAACUUGUCUCCCCAUAGUAUAAGUAAAAUAAUGGAUUUGUUAACCAAGGCGAUGUACCAAGCCAUAAUUCAGAGUCUGCUUCCUGAGCAUUGUAUCCAGGCAUGUGCUCUCCUGUUCCUCUGCACAGAACACAUGGAAGAUAAUAAAGUCAUAACAAAGGAGGAACUUGCUUUUUUCUCAAAAGGUAGACAUGCAUUCAGUAAAACAGUAUGGGAAAUCUUCACCUCCAACACAGCUCCACCAACUUGGAUUCCGUCAGAAACAUGGGCGGAAAUAAUGGCAUUAUCCUCCACUUCUGUACACUUAAAGCCAUUAUGUAUGCAGAUUGCAGAAAAUUCUUCAGAGUGGGAGAAAUGGUACAGAAUGCAAAACCCAGAUAUUGAAAUUUCAGGUGAUAAAGAGACUGUGGGGAAUAGCAUUGUUCAGCUUCCUGCAUGUGGUGAUGUGGGAUCUCAGUUGGAUGACUUCCAUUACUUACUGGUGGUUCGUGCUGCUUGCCCAGACCGCUUUCCUGAUGCUUUAUGUCGCUAUGUUGAAAGAAUGUCCAGUGACCUAGAAUUCCACGAUCUCUGCCCAGGCAUUGACAACAUAGCCGUAUUGGAGGAAAAUUCAUUUGGUGUUUUGGUUCUUGAACCUUCUAACAAAUCUAUCACACUUUCACCUGGAGGAGCUAUCAUGAGAUACAAAGCCAAAGAAGCCAUUUGCUGUGCAGCAAAGGAGAAAAGCAUACAAUUGUUCACAGUCAGUAUGACGAAUGAAAAUGAGGAAGAGGUGAAAGCAGCACUAAAUGACACAAUGAAUCACAAUGGCUGGCUCAUUAUAGAAAAUCUUCAUCUGGCAUCAAAAGCCAUGUUGAAGAAUCUCUCCAAGAGCCUGAAAUAUGCUGCAAAAAUGCGAGUUUCACAUAAAGAGGAGAGACAGUUAUGUGUGUGGCUUACUUCGGAGCUAGGAGCACCUAUUCCGCAGGACUUUCUAGCACAUCUUAAAAAAGUAUCAUGGCAUUUCUUAUUGUUGAACCAGAUGAACAGAAAAACAUUAAUGAGUGAUGUGAUAUACAUCGAUUCUCUUCCCCGAGUGCUAUAUUCAGCUAUCCUAUCAGCCCUGGAUCAGAUGGAGGAGGAAACUUGUAUUAGAGCAAAAAUGAGCCCCAUCACAAUACAAAGACUUUGCUAUGCAGUUUGCUUAUUGCAAGGAUUUCUCCAAACACAGAGGAUAUAUCCCAAAACUGGUUUGAACCUCUUGCUAGAAACAAGUCCUGUGCAGCUUCAUCAGGCCCUGAAUACAGUCCUGUCUACCUAUGACAAAAUGAAAAGCUGUGAUAAGAACUGUAUUGAAGCAGUGGUGGAAGAAGUGAACUCUGUAUAUGCUUGUCUUGCGCUUACCUUGGAGGAUGUGGAAUACAUUGAAGCUGUUGUGUAUGAGAUCUUAUCAAACAGCCUAAAGGAACAAGAAUUUCUUGUCAUCAACUGUCUAAACAUUCCCAUUCCGUCUGCGGAAGUGGAACCUGUACAGUUUGGCAGCUGGCUAGCUAACCACAUGCAAACAAAAGAGUCACUGGGGCCAAAGCGUCCAGAAGGAGCUGCUGACCAUGCAAAUGCAAUACAUUUUAUGCAGGACCUGUCAGCUAUGUAUGAUGCAGUAAGAAGUUCAUUGCCAUCAAACAUCUUGGAAGAUUGUUGUUCUGUAAAACAAUUGGCCGACUUGCGUGCAGUUAUUGAUACAGUGUUAGAGCAACUUCCUCCUUUGAUACAGAUUGAUGUUACAGAUCAGUCUCUCAAAGAAGGGGUUUCCACACAUCAUGGAACUAUAGGUGAACAACCAAGUUGGCAGGUUCUUUCACAGGAGUGCAUCUGGAUCAAUACAAACCUUAAGAAUAUUAAAAGCACUGUUUCUGUGUUAUCACAUUGUUUACUGGGAGGUCUGACAGCAAUACCAGAAAGUCUGAGAGGCACUGCUCAGGUUUUAAAGAAAGGAGAGGUCCCCAAAUCGUGGCUUCCAUUGAACUGCCAAACAUCUCAAACCAUUACACCCUGGCUGGAAGAUCUGCACAAAAAACAUGGACAGCUGAAGCAAUGGGUGAAGACAGGUCUAAUGCCAUUUGCCAAAGGUGAAAAGGAAGCAUUGACCUCUGUAAACCUUGGAGGACUGGUUAACCCAGAAGCCUUGCUACUGGCACUUAAAGUGGAGUUUACACUUCAUCAUGGAUAUUUAUUGCAUGAGGUUGCUGUACAGUGUCGCAUUGUAGAAUCUCCAGAAUGUAAACCUGACAAUGAGUUGUAUCCACUCUGCCUCAGGGGUCUUGUAUUACAAGGUGCAGCAUGGGAUUUUAAAAAUAAUCUCCUGAAGGAAUCAAGCAACAGAACACACCCAUUACCAUAUGUCAUAAUCACUCCUAUACAUAUUGGCAAUAUCAAACCCUGUGAGGAAGACUCUGGUAUUUAUGACUGCCCUGUGUACAUGGACCACGCCAUGCAAAGUUGUGUGAUGAGAAUCCCCAUUCAAUGCAAACAACCAGUAAGACAAUGGCAUCUGCGGAGGGUGGCUAUAAUUUUAAACCCAUAUCUCGGUGUCAGCACAUCAGGAAGUUCAGUAUUAACAAUGAAACAAGUACCAAGAAGCACAUCAGUAAUAAACUCACUGACAAAAGUGGAUAAAUCAUCACACUCCAGAAUUUUCAACAGACCAAGCAAGGAUAAGGAUUGUUUGUUAUCAGAGGCGCAAGAGCAGGAGAAUUCUAGACAAACUGGUAUGCUUCCUGCAGAUAACACCCUUACCCAUGAUGUAAUGGCUGAUCUAAUAGACGAGUCUAAAGAGCCUAAGGAAAACUUGGAAUUUGAAGGCAAUAAUGAGCAAAUGUUAAUGGUUUCUGGUUUGAUUACCGUAUUAAAUCAGGGUGAGGAAACGCUCAUAGGAGAAGAUGUAAGCGACCGCCAUCAGAUAGAUUCUAUGCCAGGUGUAAAAGAUGACAGUGAUGACCUGAACACAGGGUUGGCAGAAAAAUCAGGUUUCAUGGGCCUGGAUACAAAGGCAGGGGUUGAAAAAGAACUCUUCAUUAGAGAAGAUUUAAUGUUGCAAACAACCAGUUCUGAUUCUGAGCACUCUGAUAGUGACCAAAGAUUUAACAAUGGCAAUUUUCAGCAGACUGAAAAUACAGAACACGAAGGAAACUUUGACCAGAAUCUGCAAGAUACCUUUCCUGAUGUUUUGGUGAGCAGUAAUGAUCAUGGAAUAGCUGGAGAUCAAGCGGGAUACAAUUAUGAAAAGGACUCGCUAAAAAAUCCUGAACAAGAACUAGAUUACACAAAUGACAGUACAUAUAUUAAUACUAAUGAUGACACGGGUGAGCAUGAUGAUAACCACCAGGAAACUGAGGAAAAUUUCUAAAGAGUCAAAAAAGCUUGUAAGGGAGAACAUGUCAACUUAACUUUUUAAUAAAGUUAAAGCACAUCCUGUCAUACAUUGUUUUCAUGUAAUACUCAAAAAAUGAAUACAUAAAAUACAUAUGUAA